AUUCAACUUACAUCCCCCAUUCAUCCACACAAACAAACAUACACAAUGGUCGACCUUGGAGCCCCCAUCGGAACUCACAACGCUAGCGAAUACGUCCAGCAGGAGAGGGCUGGCUUCAACCACGGCGUCGGCGGCGGACACGCUUCUGGCGGUAUCCCCACUGGCACUCCCAUUGCCGACAAGUUUGGCAACAACACCACAGGUACCACCGGAGCGUCUACCACCGAUAAGCUCGAAAAUGCUCUCGACAACUAUGGUUCCCAUGGAACCUCGGGUACUCGAGGUGCGGGUGUAGGCAGUGGAAAUGCUGUCGGCGGCCAGUAUGCUGGCAGCGGUACUAGCGACGGCCUUACCGGACAAAGCGGCGCGCACGCCACUGGCGCGGGCUACUCUUCGUCCACUUCUGCCGGCGUCCCUGGAGGCUACCCCAGCGGCCAGACCACUUCUGGCUCUCACGGUGCCCGUGAUGCUGCUCUUGCCGGAACUGCUGGUGGAGCUGCGGGUGGAGCCGGCGUUCUUACAGGCGACAAGUACGGUUCUUCCAAGUCGGGACCCACUUCUGGUGCCGCCUAUGGCUCCAACCCUACCUCCCAGUCUGGUGCUUACGGCUCUGGCGCGGGUGUCGGUCCCAACAGCGGAUCCACCGGACAAUACGCUUCUACCACUGGCUCUAACGCCGGCGGCGUCCCCGGUUCUACUACUUCUGGCUCUCACUCUGGGCUUGGAAAGGGCGCUGCCCUUGGUGCUGGAGCCGGUGCUGCUGGAGGAGCCGGUGCGAGUGCGCUUGCAGGCCACCACGGCUCUUCUGCCCAAGACCCAUCUUUGACUUCUGGCGCUCAGGACCCUUCUUUGACUGGAACUCGAGGAGCUGGCGUCGGUGCUACCGGGGUUGGGGCUGGAACUGGCGUUGGCGCCGGAGCUGGAGCUGGAUCCGCUUCCCUCACUGGAUCUUCAGGAAGCGGAGCUGGCAAGUACGGCCGAGGCACCCACAACCCCAACAUCGGUCGUAAGCCCAUCUCUCUCCUUCCCAUCAUCAUACUGAUCCCACCGUAGAGCCCAUCUCCGACCCCAAAUCUCUCGACACUGGCGGUCCCCACUCUCUCGUGUGGGACGCUGCUACCGGCAAGUAUGUGCACCGACGUGAACUCACCGGUGGUGUCGGAAGCACUGGCGAGGAUGUUGUGAAGGGCGCUGCCAAGAGGGCUCUCUAAGAGGACGGAAAAGGAAUCAGAAGUACAAGCAGUAAUUUUCAAUAAUAUUUGUAGCGAGAUAUAUGAAUCGUGUAGCCCAUUGCCGCGUAGUCGUCUAAUACAGCAUCUCGUCCGUCCAUAAGUCCAUUGUCG